AUGAUUUCUAGCACGUACGUGCCGCCGAAGGAUAAUCCGCUCAUGGACAUCCUCAUGGCGCGCAAGGCGACUGGCGAAUCACCUGCAAAGCGCCGAAAGUCGAACGCUCGGCCACGAGAAAGUGCUGCAGCUGCUGUGGCUGCUGCUAGGCGGAAGAGUAAAGCUAAGAUUGAAGUGAAGGAGGAGGAGGAGGACAACGACGAGGUCGUUCCGACGAAAAAGAAAGGUGCAGCUAAGAAGGGUACUGCUACGCCUAAGAAGAAAGCCGCUGCGAAGGGCAAGUCAAAGGCGAAGACCAAGGCGCUAGAUGAAGAUGCGCCGGCAAAGAAGCCUAGAAAGUCCGUGGCUCCCAAGGCCAAGAAAGCAAAGGCGACUGCUACUAAACCUGUGGCUGAUUCUUCUGACGACGACGAACCUCUAGUCAAGCCUUCCACUUCAUCUCGAUCACAACCACCACCGCCAUCCCCCAAGCGUGAAGACGCUAAGGCAUCCGGACUGCCCUUUCCCCACAAACCAGUACCACAGUUUAUUACAUCAAAUGACACUCUACCUUUUCCGUCGAUGGACAAACCUAUCCCGAAACCGAAGCCCGUCGCACGCAAACCCCACACCUCCACCACUCAAGUCGCACGACCCAUCGCCACCCCGGCUCGUGACGACACUGAAUGGGAGUCGGAAUCCGAACCCGAACCGCAGCCCAAGAAACGUGUUAGCUCGAGCAAGCCCUCGUCGAAAGCGAAGCCUCCCUCCAAGAGCAAACCCGCGUCCAAGGACAAGGCCGCGUCGAAGGGCAAACCCGCAUCAGUGUCCAAGUCGCAGGCGUCUACAUCCAUGCCCCCAUCCACGUCUAAGCUUCUCGAACCCUCCCCAUCACAUGUACCACCUCCGCCUCUAUCCGUCAUUGUAGAGGAAGAUGAAGAACCAUCAUCUGUCGAGGUGCCUCUGGCAAAGGUCACCAAGUCCGCGAAACGCAAGCUUGUCAAUGACGCCGACGAGAAUGAGAGGGAUAUUGGUGCAGCCAAGAAGAGCCGGAAGGAUCGAAUAGUCGAGGAGGUGGUGGAUGUCGGUGGUCCAGCGCGGGCUAAGGCGCGGAAGCGUGCCGCCUCUGAGGACGUCGCGGAUAUUGCUCCUCGUCCCGUGAAGCUGGAGAAGCGUGAUAUUGCUGUCGACGACGACGAGAACCCACCCCCGGCGAAGAACACCAAGCGUACUCCUGGGGAGGCGGACUCGGGACCUCGUGGACGGAAGAGGCGCCCUGAACCUGCGGAUGAUGAUGGCCAGCCACCACCUCGGACUUCUGGAUCCAGAGUCAAGCCGCAUUUAGACCCAGCAGACUCUGACGAGGAAGCCGAACCUCGUAAACCCGCCACGUCUAAGAAGCGCGCGCUUGCGGAUGACGGUGUGGAAGCAACAGGGCGUCCCAAGAAACGAGCAGCGAAGACGAAGGCCGAGGACGAGGCGGUGCCGCUCAAGCCCAGGAAGCGACCUAUCGCCAACUCGGAUACGGAAGACGAAGCGCCGAAGAAGGCGAAGAAGCCUAGCUCUAGAGCGGAUACGGACGUUAAGGUCAAGACGAAGCCCUCUUCACGUGUCGGGAAGGAGAACAUCGUCGCUCGAGAGGCACCGCUUGUCUCUGAAAUUCGCCCCAUUCCAUCGCCCGUCAAGAAGCCCGCGUCACAAGCUCUCAAACCUCCUUCAAAGGCGACGAAGCCGCCCUCCAAGACGACCAAACCCGCUUCGAAGGCCAAGCCCGCCUCAAAGACCAAACCACCAUCCUAUCGAGUCCCAGCCUCCAUGGGUGCCAAACGCAAGCCUCCGCCUGAGGUCCUUCUUCGUGCCGCUGCACCCGCUCCCGAAAUGUUGGACGACGAGCGCGACGAAAUCGACUUCUUGCCAUGA